AUGCGCGAGCUGCACGCAUUUUCUCCGUCGCCGUCGACCUCCGCGUCGUCCACGCCGUCGGCUGCGGCAACGCCCAAGAGUGGAAAGGCGUCUCGGGCGCGCGUGUUACACGUCUCAAAAUCGAAGCCGCUCCCCUUCCACCUGGCGCGCGAUUGCACAUCCGCCAAGCGCUGUCAAGUGUGCCACGACGCGCAUCAUACCCUGCUGCAUGCAGAUAAUCCGGUCGGGUCCGACAACCAGCGGGCCGCGGAAGCGCAGACCGCGGCGCACGUGGGGUGGCAACCGCGUGCGAAAUCAGUGAUUUUGGCGACUGCGCGAGUGCAACUGCAGGUCGAGUCCGGACGCUCGACCGUCGUGCGUGCCCUUGUCGACCAAGGGUCCGAACUCAACUUUAUCUCGGAAGCCGUGGCACAGCGGCUGCAAGUUACGCGUCGCUCGGUUCGCGUGCGCGUUACCGGGAUGGGCGAGACCGAGACCGCUCUCGCCCGCGCGGCGACAACCGUUGCGCUUCGCUCGCUGACGAGAGAUCCGUACGCGCGGCAACUCGACGCGCUCAUUCUACCGCGCUUAACGUCUUACAGACCUCCGGUCUGUUUUUCGUCUACUCAGUGGAAGCACAUACAAGGACUCGAACUCGCCGAUGACUUUACCAGCGCUACGGGGAUCGAAGCGGUUCUAGGCGCGGAAGUCUACGCGGACAUCCUCAUGGGCGACAUCCGCAAGCGCGAGAGGGAUUGCCAGUGGCGCAGUCAACACAGCUCGGACGAGGUAGCGGAACAACUACGUCGAUUCUGGGAGGUCGAGGAGCUGCCGUCCGCGUCUCCUUGGAGCAAGGAGGAGACGGAAUGCGACGAGCAGUACACGGCCACGCAUCAGCGCGCGGCGGACGGCCGCUACAUCGUUCGGCUGCCAAGACGGGAGGCGACGGACGGCACUGAACUUGGCGACUCGAGAGCGGUAGCGCGAGCUUUCCUGCUACGUCUCGAGCGUCGCCUCGCACGAAGUUCCAUCCUGCGAGAGGAUUACACGCGGUUCCUCCGCGAUUAUGAGGCACGGGAGCACAUGACACGAGUCGGCGACGACGACGGCAAACGCGCGGCCGGCUACUUCAUGUCGCAUCAUCCCGUGUUCAAACCUACGCCGGACGGAUCCAAGGUCCGCGUGGUUUUCAACGCUUCGCAGCCCACGUCGACGGGAGUCUCCCUUAACAAUGUGCUGCAGGUGGGGCCACGACUCCAGCAGGAGCUGCGGGAGGUGCUGCUGCGUUGGAGGAUGCACAGAGUCGUCUUCGCGGCGGACAUCGAACAGAUGUUCCGCCAAAUCGCUGUACAUCCCGAAGAUUGGCCGCUGCAGCAGAUCCUCUGGCGCGAAGAUCCGGAGCAGCCUAUCGGGUGCUAUCGCCUCAACACGGUGACAUAUGGUACGGCGAGCGCACCGUACUUGGCGAUACGCACCCUGCUGCAGCUGGCGCACGACGAACAAGACCGCUUCCCGGAUGCCGCGGCUCUGCUGCGACGCGGCACCUACGUCGACGACGUGCUAGGUGGAGCGGACUCCCUGAAUGAGGCGAAAGUGUUACAGUCCGACCUAAGACAGCUGCUCAAGGCGGGCGGCUUCAAUCUCAGGAAGUGGGCUUCCAGCCGAGUGGAACUUCUGGAGGGCAUCGCCCACGAGGAUCGAGAGGCGAUGGUGGAACUCGGGAAUCAUGAGCGGGCGACCAUAAUGCUGGGCGUACACUGGGUGCCGGAGUCGGACGUCUUUCGGUUUACCCAUCGUCCGCCGGUGCCACCCAGAAUCACCAAACGCGCCAUUCUCUCGGCAAUCGCGCGCCUCUUUGACCCGCUCGGUUGGUUGGCGCCGAUCGUAGUGGUCGCGAAGAUCUUGUUACAGGAACUCUGGCUACGAGGAGCGGAUUGGGACGAAGACGUCUCGCCGGACAUGGAGACUCGGUGGCGGAGGUUCUGCGAGGAACUCCCUGCCGUGGCUGACCUUUCGGUGCCAUGA